AUGAUGAAAGAUACUACAUUCCUGACCGUUUUUUUAGAAAGUAGCGGCGUUGCAAAUAAUGGCAUUACCGGUAAACUAUUGUCUUCUUGGACCUCAACUGUACGCAUUGAGGGCCCAGAUACCACCAAACAAAAUCCACUAUAUAUUCCAUUACUGCCACCUGGAACGCUAAAAAUCAAACUGAACAUUAAGGUUAAUAACCAAUUAGUGACGGAAGAACAAGAACUUUUUACUAAAUUACGUGAGAUUGUGUGUUCAAGUGUUCAUUUUUGGGAGGAUCAACUGUUUUAUAAAGUUCAAGAUGUGAACACCACAGAAAGUUGCAUCAUUCUCAGCUUAAAAUGUACAAUUCUGACGGAUGCGCAUAUAAGUACGUUCAUACACAAACCUAGGGAGCUUCAUUCCAAUGCUAAUGGGUAUCCUGAAAUUAAUUACCUUUCAGAAUUAUCAACGACAGUCAAUUUUUUUUCUGAAGCAGGAAAUUUUAUCGAAGCAAGCCAAGUAAUCCCUCAUUUAAAUGAAUAUUUUUCCUCCUUGAUAAUUUCCCAAUUGGAAUUUGAGUAUCCAAUAGUCUUCUCUAUGGUUUCAAGACUCCGAUUAAAAUGGCAGCAGGGUUCGCUAGGCCCGAUAUCAUAUGCUUUAACGAACACAUCAGUGCUGCUUCCGGUAAUGCUCAAUAUGAUUGCCCAAGACAAAUCUGCAACAACUGUGUAUCAAAUGCUGUGUCAAAGAAGGAGCGCCCCAAUUCAAAACUUCCAAAUUUUUUCCUUACCGAAAAACAAAAUAUAG